AAUAAAGUCCAUGGGGUGGAAUCUUUUCCGACUAGAACCGAAACUGGCCGAAAUCAGUGUCCAACUGGAGUGAAGGGCCCCCAAGAGGCUACCAAAUUGAGGAUUUUUUGCUGCAAUUUUCGUACAAGGCACACUCUUAAUUCAAUUGCGGACACUCUGACCUUUUGCGCAUGCGCGCAGCGCCAUCGACUGCCAUUUCAUAUGGAGACCCCAUAGCCUGUUCUUCUGGGGGCAAACUAAUUACCAAAAAAAGAAACAACAAAAGCAAGUCCUAGACCGCUGCCUAUAUGAUAAUUUAACAUUUCAAUUGUCGUAAAGCGAAAUAAAUUUUCACAUAAUUGCCGAAAAGUUGAGGUCCGUCCAAAGGCGGGAAUCGAAAUCGAAAAGCAGAAAAAAGUGAAAGGGCAAGUGGCUGUGGCUGUGGCUGUGGCUGUGAGUGAGGUCCCUUUAAAUGGUUUAGCGGAAGAAUAACCUUUCUAAGUCGACACGAUAACUGCGCCAAAGUUGAAGCCAGGCACACGAUUUGCCAAAGCCAGUGCCAGUGCCAGUACCGCCAGGUGGUGGCACCACCACGCAGACACAGACACCAUAAACGACUCCUCGACUUGUUUGUAUCUGUGUCUGCGCCAUAUGCAUGAUCGCUGAACUUAGUCUUUGGUCUCUGGUCUCUGGGUCUCUGGUUUCUGGUCUGUGGCCAGGUCUCGUCUCUCUUGAUCUUAAAUUAGUUUAUUGCUGGCUGCGCCAUGUGAAGCAGGCGACAUUUGCCGCCAGUUUUGACUAUAAAUUGCCAGAACGCCAUCCGAGUGUCUGCAGUUUCGGUUACUUCUUCUAAAGCGAUUGUUCAUCGUUGUCGUCGUCGUUUGGGAUCCGAGAGUUAACUGUGGAGGAUACCUGUGCCACACAGGACAACGUUAUGCUGAAGAUAUUCCUGCUGAGCGCCGUGCUCGGCAUUGCCUGUGCUGGUGUCAUCGGUCCCGGACCUGGUCCUGGUCCGUACUAUGGCGGACAUCCUGGACCCGGUCCCGCCCUGCUGCCCUACGGGGGGUAUGCCCCGCAUCCUGGCCCUUAUGCAGCACCCAAGCCUGCGCCCGCACCAGCACCAGAGCCGUACGAUCCCGAGCCCAAGUAUUCCUUUGGCUAUGACAUCCACGAUGGCUACACGGGAGAUCUGAAGAGUCAGCACGAGACGCGGCAUGGCGAUGUGGUCAAGGGCAGCUAUUCCGUGGUGGAUCCCGAUGGCACCAAGCGCACAGUGGACUACACAGCCGAUCCGCAUCACGGCUUCAACGCAGUGGUGCGAAAGGAGCCGCUGGCCUACAAGCCUGCCCCUGCCCCUGCUCCAGCUCCUCUGCAUCUGGCAGGACCUGCUCACGGACCCAUCCCACUCCAUCUGGCUGGACCUGCGCCAGCUCCACCUCUACCGCCAGUGCCCAAGGCUCCCCUGCUAUCCUAUCCUCUGGCUUAUAGUCAUCAUGCUCCAGCUCCAGCUCCAGCCCCAGCUCCAGCUCCUGUGCCCGUACCCGUGGCUGCUCCUGCACACCAUUUCCACCCAGCAUAUCCUGCCCUAGCACACAGUCCGUACGCCCACUAUCCAGCACCCGCCCCGGUGGAUCCCCACGCCUACUAUCAUCACUAAACACAGAGACGGUGGCGGUGGCGGCGACUGUUCUGUUCUGAUCUGAUCUGAUCUGACUUGAUUUUCCUUCUAUUUCUGCUACUCCGUAACUCUCCGUGCCUCUCUCCUUUGCCUUUGCUGCGUUCUUGGUGGUGUAGAUUGUCUAUAAGUCUAUAAGGUUUAACCACUAGAUCUAUGUACAUACUAUAUGCUAUCGUUAGUAAAAGAUUCUGUAGCGAUAACUAGAUAAAUAAUCAAGAGAACAAGAGAUCCAUUAAAACUCCCUUCUGUUUCUUUAA